AUGCAUGAUGAUAUUGAAAGUGCAGUGCCUAGUCUUACGGUGUUGUAUCUUGGACCAUGCCCAUUGUUGAAGGAGAUUCCAAUUGGAAUUGAGCAUCUCAAUAACCUAAAGAAAGUUGUAUUUGAAAUGAUGUUGAAGGUGGUUUAUUUCAUGAUAAAAAAUGAAAACUGGGAGAAUGUCACUAAAUACAUUCCACAACAAAAGCAGUCUUUUCAAUUUCUCCAUUUACUUUACCGAACCCCACUUUUAUAUCUUCUUGAUGAAAGAGCACAUGGCUGCGAUUCUUCUAUUUCUUGGCGUGCCUGUUCAAGAUCAUCCACUUUACCCUCUAAACCCUUUGAACUCUCUGGGUUUAAGAUUGUUGCUAUAUCUUUAUGGCUUAUAUUCCACCACACAAGCGACUCAAAGGAUUCCAACCGUCCAUCUCCAACUGCAGAGCUGCUUGCUCCACAUGUCAAGAGAGAUUUGAACUUGAGAUCAUCUCAGCAUAAUGUAGACAGGGUUGGGAAGAUUAUCUUUGCAGACCAAUGCGUAUACACAUGGUUCGUUGUUGAUUUGGAUGAUAAUCACCAAUUUCCUUCAUUUGUCCACCUUGAGCCGAUUUCAGAGCCCAUUGAGCGGGCUAUAGGAGAAAAGUCCCUAGUUUUAGUGAACAAUCAUGCAGAUAAAGGUAAUGAUGAAGUGGGAGGGAAUAUAUCAAGUCGAACGAGGGACUUUGUUGCUAAAAAUGCAUGGCCAGAUUUAUUGACUUCUUUUAACAAUCUGAGGAACAAAAUGGAGUGCAAAGAGCUGGAGAAAGUAAAGCCAGUAUUGGUCGCUAGAUUUGGCAAAAUUCUUUUUCGUGGGAACUAUUCUGUGAACAUAGAAAAGGUCAGAAAAGAUCCAGUAGCUGAAACCACUCUGAAACAAUUGCGAAGACAAUUUUAUACAAAUGUUCCUAUGUCUUAUAUGGAAAACAUUAUAAGUGAAGUUGUGCCAAAAGUAGGAGUUGAUUUUGAAGCAGAUAAGGAUGUAUACUAUAUCUGGAUUGAACUGAACCAUGCUCGUCAAAUGGUCAUAGACAUAUCAUGCGUGGAUAAGAAUUUAGACCUGAGGCUGAUGCUAUGAACCAAGAGUGUUGUCGCUGACUUAACUGAUGAUGAAAUGCAGAGCCUUAGAAAUCUGAUUAAUUCAGCUGUUUUAGAUCCAGGAGUGAAGGGUUGUUUGAGAUGGCCCCUAGGGAAGUCAAACUUGAGGGUUCGGUAUCGUGUUAGUGGGGUUUGGCACACAGAAGUUAAGUUGUAUGAAAGCUCAUCACUGAGGCUCAAGGUAAGACAUGCUGAUCGAUUUAGUUUUAAGUCUUCUACUGGGGAGUCUGCGUUGGAGAUUACUCUGAAGUUGAAGCGAUUAGCUUCAGACAUACUGGAACAGAAGGUGGACACUGAUACUAACUAUAAUAUGUUUAAGGACACCUUAGGGUUGAUGUGGAAUCAUUUUCUGUGUUGUGAGCACUUCUUGACAUAAGCAACUCGUGACAAGCUUUACCUACUGUGAAAGAUGUUAAUAUGUUAAUGUCAGUGAUGGGAAUAACCCAUGUUUCCCAUGUCCGUCUCCAAUGGUGGAACAUUUCUUGUAAAUAUUUGUUACCAAAUAUUUUUGUUGCUUCUUUCUUUCUUUUUUUAAUCCUUGUAAGAGCUUAAUAUUGUACAGGUGGCGUUUCAACAAUGGUAUGCUUGGUAAAUCAUCGA